UGGUGUAAGAGGCAAAAUAUGACUGAUACAUCUGAUCUCUUAGACGAAAUCGGUUCAAGGAUAUGUGGAGGCAAAAAUAUAAAAGAUUUCAACCUACUAUACAAAGCUGUAGACAAGGCUGAUGUACGUGCGUUCCAUGACUCGUGUGAUGCAAAAGGCCCGACCGUGACCAUCUUAUACGGAAAGCAUAAUACACUUUUCGGAGGAUAUACUUCCAAAGACUGGAGCUCAAACAAGAACAGAAAAAUGAAAGAUGAAGAUGCAUUUUUGUUUUCUAAGAAAAACAACCCUGGUGCUAAAUGCAUCUUUCUUCCGAUUAAAAAAGAUAAGACGUCCGUGGCUAUAACAUGUGAUGCAAGUUUUGGUCCUACAUUUGGGGGAGGGACAUUUGAAAGUUACGACCUUCAGGCAUUCAAAAAAGGUUCAAAACCAGCGUCCCACAUAAAAGAUGGCUUUAUGCAUCUGAAUGGCUCGUUGAAUGUAAACUAUGCCUAUAGUGCAGAACGCAAUCCUAAAUACAAGGAAAACGUUCAGGGUCUGGAUAGAGCUGAAAAUACUGAUCAACAAAAAAUCAAAUCGAAAGAUAUCAAUUCAGGGCAAAUGAUAGUAAAAAGAAUAGAAGUAUACCAGGUUGUAGAUGACAUACAACCAAAAAACUGGUUACCAGAAUUGAAGAGAGAAGACUUUAUUCGAAAGAAAAAAGAACUCACGGAAAUUGUACCCCUUCCUGUAUUAGAUAUCAAAAGGUACACUAUACUACUCGUGGGAGUUAUUGGAUCUGGCAAAUCUAGUUUCGUUAACACUCUUUCAACAGUGUUCACGGGAAAAGUUGCACACAUUGCUCCUGCUAGAAAUUGUUCGGAAAGUGUUACGAGCAGGGUGAAGCCAUAUGUCCUUAAAUCAGAAAAUGGUGAUUCAUUAAACAUACGCAUUGUCGACAUACGAGGAUUUGAAGAUGAAAGAGGCUACGAGAAUGAACUAGACCUUCUUUUAGAUGGCAAGUUACCAGCUGGUUAUCAAUUUCCAGAUAAUCCCGAGCAUGUACCUGAAAUAACAGAAACGGCAACAACUUUAGACGACGAAAUGCAUUUAGUUUGUUUCGUAAAUGGCAAUCCGAACUUUGAGACGUUUACAGGUGAUCUACAUAAACGCUUUGGUGACAUCAUAAAGACAAUAUCAAGGAAAGGAUUACCAAUGGCUGUUGUCGCAACAAAAUUUGAUCAGCACUGUCCUACAGUCUCAAAGGAUGUUAAUAAUAUUUAUUCAAGCCGUAAGGCUGAACGCACUACAUCCGAAACAGCUAAAUUCUACGGAGUGCCUCACAAUCAUGUCUUUCCGGUUGUAAAUUACGUUAGUGAAAACGAGCGGAAUGACGGGAUAGACAGAUUAGCUCUGAACGCUUUGUAUGAAAUGUUGAAGUUGAUACAGUCCUAUUUGGGAAAUCACCAAGACGUGGUGGAUAAACCCGAUGAGUGGACAAAGCGAGGAGAGCUCUUACCUGCUUUGAGAAAUGGUAACGACAAGGACCUUAUACUGCAGGGAAUACAUGAAAAACUCUCAGAGCUUGAAAACAAGAAGUUGCGGAUUCUUGUCGUAGGACCAACAUACUCCGGAAAAUCAAGUUUCAUCGACUCAGUCUUAUCUGCCCUACAAGAUGAUAUUGAUGGCAAAGCUGAAGGAGCAUGCUUAGCUAGUGCACAACUUGAUGGCGUUUCUUCAAGAGAAACGUUUGAGCUAUAUCCAAUGAGGUACAAGCACGAGUCUGGACGUGUCAUAAAAAGCAAUGUAUUUUUUGGAGAUACGCCCGGUUUUCAAGAGAUGGAAGGCAUUUCAUUUGAUCAUGUCAAAUACAUUUUGAGAGGAAACGUGCCCGACAAAUAUAAGGUAGCAUUUGUAUUAAAACUUGACGUUUAUAAUCACAAUUACCAAGCUUUUCAUUGA